UCUGCCUCUCUGGCCAUGCUUGCCCUAGGAGCCCAUGCAGCCACCAAGACCCAGAUCCUUCAGAGCAUGGGGUUCAACCUCACACGCACACCAGAGGCCACAAUUCAGCAGGGCUUCCAGCGUGUGGUCCACUCACUCCGAGUCCCCAGCGCAGACCUGGACUUGAGGAUGGGGAAUGUCCUUUUCAUCAAAAAGGGGCUGCAGCUGCAGGCAGAUUUCUUGAAUGAUGUCAGGAGGCUGUAUGAGUCAGAAGUCUUUUCUACAGAUUUCUCCAACGCCUCUACAGCCCGGAAGAAGAUCAACAGCUAUGUGGAGAAGGAAACCAAAGGAAAGGUUGCAGACUUGAUCCAAGACCUUGAACCUCAGACAGCCAUGGUCCUGGUGAACUACAUUUUCUUUAAAGCCAGGUGGGCGAAGCCCUUUAACCCUGUGUAUACAAGUAAAAGAUACCCAUUCUUGGUGGGCAAGACCACUGUGAAGGUCCCCAUGAUGCACCAGGUGGAGAAAUUUGCUUUCGGAGUGGACCCAGAGCUGAACUGCUCUGUGCUGCAGAUGGACUACAGUGGAGAUGCUGCAGCCUUCUUCGUCCUCCCUGUCCAGGGUGGGAUGAGGCAGCUGGAGCAGUCCUUGUCACCCAGGACACUGAGGAAAUGGAGCUACUCCCUCCAGAAGAGGUGGAUAGAGGUGUUCAUUCCAAAAUUUUCCAUUUCUACCUCCUAUGACCUGGAAAACAUUCUCCCGAAGAUGGGCAUCCGGGAUGCUUUUGGCAAAAAUGCUGAUUUUUCUGGAAUCACAAAGAGAGACUUUCUUCAAGUUUCCAAAGCUGCCCACAAGGCUGUGCUGGACGUCCGGGAGGAGGGCACCGAGGCCGCGGCGGCCACUGCCACCAAGCUCACGGUCCGGUCCGAGGAUGGCGCCUCUCACUCCAUCUGCUUCAAUAGGUCCUUCCUGCUGCUGAUUGUCAGCAAAGCCACAGGGACAGUGCUCUUUCUGGGGAAAGUGGAGAAUCCCACUAAGUUCUAG